AUUUUACACCGCCCCCUCCGCCACCUCCCCCGCAAUAUUCAACGAGGCUGACAAACUCCGUCGGAGCUAGUCGUGGACGUAGUCAAUGUCGUCACCGUGGGAAGCUCGCGACUAGUAUAGCUUCAACAGAGGUAUAAAUAUUUACGCUCCUUCAGUUUCCUUCAAUCUACCUUUUGAAAAUACAUCAAAAUAAACCCAUCGGCUUGAUUUGAAACCUCGCUAAGCUAAAGAACCUCGACCAAAAAAAAAACAUAAUGGCUCCCCCUCGCAAAGCUCUCAUCGCUAUCACUUCCGCCCAUGCUCCUCUGUACCCCGAGGGCAAGGAGACUGGUUUGUUCAUCACUGAAGCCUUGCAUCCCUUCCUAGUAUUCAAGAAUGCAGGCUUUGAUGUUGAUCUGGUGUCGGAGACCGGAUCUUACCAGCCCGACUGGCUCUCAGAGCAAAAGGACUGGCUUCACGAUGAAGAUAAGGUUAUUUGGGAGGAUAAAUCCAGUGAAUUUCGUUCGAAGCUUGACAAUCUCUUGAAGCCGAGUGACAUUAACCCUAACGACUAUGGUAUUUUCUUCGCUUCGGCUGGUCACGCUUCUUUGAUCGACUAUCCCGAUGCCAAGGGUCUACAGAGCAUUGCAUCUAAGAUGAACACUGAUGGUGGUAUCAUCUCUGCUGUCUGUCAUGGCGGUGCCAUCUUCCCGGGAAUCGUUGAUCCUAGUACAGGAAAAUCGAUCAUAUUUGAUCGAAGAGUGACUGGUUUCACUACUCGAGGUGAGGAGGAAGAAGGUAUUUUAGACACCAUCAAAAGCUGGAAUCGCCCGACCAUUGAGGCCUCCGCCGCAAGCUCGGGAGGCAAGUAUGUUUCUCCUCCUGGUCCCUGGGACGCUUUCACCAUCACUGAUGGCCGCAUCGUGACUGGUGCCAAUCCUGCGAGCGCGCAUGUGACAGCUGAAGCUGCGGUUAAGGCAUUCAACACUCUGUAGUAGCUAGGCAAAUCACAGGAAACUUGGAUGUCUUUC